GCUGCUGUUGUGUCUAGCUUUCGUUCUAGUGCCACUACUUCCGGCAUUGGGAUAUAUUUUAAUCGAACAAAGCUACGCCGCACUAGCAAUAAUCAACAUCGGAACCGACUGUGCACCAUGGCAUCAAAUGUUACCUGUGGAGUGCACGACUUCCAGUGCAUUGCCAGCAUCGCCGCCAUCGUCACUUGUAUCCUGUCUUGGGGAGGCUGCUCGGUCAUCUUUGCCUCAUGGAUCCUGAUGAAGAGAGUCCGGACUCCAAACCGACGCAUGCUUCUGUAUUUAACCAUCGCCGAUUUCUUUGUGGCAACGGGCCAGCUAAUGGGGGCAAGCUGGACGCUGAAUCGCCACCUGCAUCAUGAUGCAAGAAAUUCAAAUUGCAGUGGCGCUCAUCCAGUCUGCGUGGCGCAAAGUUUUGUGUCAACUUUGGCGACGAUGUCGUCGUUCCUGUGGAGCAUGCUGAUAGCGUGGCACGUCUACAGGUCGGUUCUGGUGCCGGGGACGGGGACGUACUGGCUGGACAGACACCGCUGGGCGCAGCAUCUUCUGUGCUGGGGAGUACCUUUGGUCAUUGUGGUGGUCGCUCUGAGCUGUAAGAGGCUUGGACUGGACACUGUCAAUGUCGAAGGCAACAACGUACCCACAAUUGCCAGUGGAAUAUGGUGUUGGAUAAGAACUUGUAAAGAUGACUUGAUGAUAGGAAACAGAACCGCCCCAGAGAUGCCUGCGGUAAUGACUUUCUACAUGAUCACCGGGCAGUUUUGGGUAUACCUGGCGUUUCUUGUCAUCCCCACGUGUUAUAUUCGGACGAAAAGAAGGAUAAAACCAUCGGUCAACAGUUCCUCCUACAACUCAGCUGCGUUAUUUGAGAGUGCUCAAGAAGCCGACCGCCUCAUGACUUGGGUGCCUGUCACACUUCUACUGUUGCGGAUGUGGAGCUGCGUUCGUUUUGUCGGCAAUAUAAUCCUCAUCUUUAAUGAAAAGACAGAUGAUUAUAUGUUAACUGUGCUAUUUAAUCAGGUGUUUCUGGUGAUGCAGGCGGUCGGUGACAGCGCCCAAGGGUUCACCAACUGUGUCCUGUACUGCUUACUCACUGACUCCGUCAGAAUAGAGCUCAAGAAAAAACUCGGCUUGCGUCUAGGUAUCGGACGAGACACGCAAACUGAGGCGAGUGGGCCAGGACCAGGCGAGUUUUCCGACACCCGCAGAGAAAGACAACACAGAGACGAAGGGUCGAUGCAUCCUCAACUGAAUUCCCCACAUGAAAGUAACUCAGACACAGAGCCGCUACUGCGGUCAUCUAUUAAUUCCCGUACCCCCACUUAAUGCACUUAAACGUCUGCCCGCAGUCCAGGGCAGGUCCUUUGGGGGUCAGGGGUGGGCGUACAUGUACAAUCGGGGGUGGUGCAUUUCAUCUUGUUUCGCUAAUUGUUUGAUUUGCAUUAGUGCAAGAGUACAUAAUAUCGCAACGGGCUUGUUGCCAUUAAUUACAAAAGAGGGUUCGUUUUUUAAUUUUCUGAAAAGGGUGACCUUCCCCCCCCCCCUUAGUUGACCCAGUUUGACGGAUGCUUCGGAUUAAAUCAAACUAAUUACAAUGAACCUUAUCUGACUAAAAGGAACACUUUAAUCACCUCUAUCCCAGCACCAUCCCACUAUCCACAUCUAUACCCCCAUCAUCCUGGUGACUACCCACCUCCAUUCCACCAUAUACCUCUAUUCUAUUAGCCUACCAUCCCACCAUCAUCCCACCACCCUCUUCUAUCCCACCAACCACCUCUGUUCCAUUACCAUCCCACCUCCCACCUUUAUUCCACCU